CCGGUGGCAAUCCACCCCCGCCAUCGUUACUUCUUCUCAUGUCUCCUCCCUCGCUCAUCUUCACGACACUGAGUCACCGUCAGUACACUUCCAAUUCUCCCGAAUCUUCAAGGAUGUCACCUGAUAGACUUAGCCACUCCGCUAGGUACAAUCGCCUAGAUGGUUACGACCCUAGCCUGAACCGUGUCAAGGAACAUUACUCAAAGGGAACCUGUGCGGCGGAGCAGAGCAGGAAGGUUUUCACAAAUGAAGAAAAAGAUGCAAGGAAGCAGGGGUUGAGACAGACUCUGGCUGACAUGGCGAUGGCGAAUGGCGACAACAGUCUUCCUAGUGGAUCUAGUUUGGCUAUUGCACCAACGGUUGUGGAGAAUGUGGGUAGCGGCAUGGAAAAAGGGGGUACAUCAUCCGACAUGCAACGAUCCGCUUCAUCUGUGCGGCAAAUGGUGCUGGAGGAGACAAAUAGCAUCAUCACGAAGAACGAGAUGACGUCAAGGAAGGUCGACAACUGGCUGACCUGCACGAACCAACCUUUCAAUAUGGUCGAGAAUGAAUUUUACCUUGACAUGGUAAAUGCUAUACCGAAUGCCCAUCCCUCAUGGCGGAUGCACAGCAGGGAGGCCGCAAGGAAUGGUAGACUGAAUGGCCAGAACAAGAGGUGCAUCGAGAAUGUGCGGAUGAUUGCAAAGAAGUGGGAGAGAACAGGGUGUAUGGUGCAGAUGGAUGAAUGGUCCGACAGGCGAGGGAGACCGCACAUCAGUGUGAUGGUCUCCUCCCCUGUAGGGACCGUCUUUUGGAGGUUCAUUUGUGUAGAAGGGAGGGAGAAGUACUCCAUAGCAUACUACAACAUCCUGGAUGCUGCAAUCCAGGACAUUGGACCCAAGAGUGUGGUCAGGGUGAUCAUGGACAAUGCUAGAGUUUGCGUCAAGACGGGGAAGCUUGUUGAAAAGAAGUACCCUUGGAUCUUCAGGGUUGGUUGCACAGCGCAUGCCCUCGACCUUGCAUUGGAGGACUUCGACAAGCGCAUUGGAUGGUUUUCCAGGACGGUCAAGAGAGCGAACGAGUUGGGGAAUUUCAUCAUGAACCACGACAAGGUUCGUGCAUUCUUCCUUGAACGUUCUGGCGGGGCACAAAUAAAGAGGUCAGGAGUGACAAGAUUCGCAACGAAUAUUAUCAUGCUGCAGUCCCUUUUGGACCGAAAGAAUGCCCUCAAACUUGCCGCAGGUGCGAAAGGCUCGGUGUCUAGCAUGGUGCGGACUGAUCUGCUGUCCAACUUUGAGGAAGCCACGACCACUAUCCUUGACGAGAGCUUUUGGGGCGAUGUUGAGAAGUCCAUCAAAGCCACGGAGGCUAUUGUGAAGUUAUUGAGGAUGGUGGACGGUCCAGGGGGCACCAUCAGCAAGGUUUAUCAUCAUAUGGACGCCGUGGUGGAGGGGAUUAGGAUAUUGGAAGUCCUUACGGACUUUGAGAAAGCAGAAGUGGAAUCGAUCAUCAUGGAUCGAUGGGCAUUCAUGACGUCGGAGCUGCAUUGUGCAGCAGCGUUUUUGAAUCCGGAAUUUCGUGCACAAUCUGCCAUCCACGAUACGGAGAUCCGGGCGGGGUUCAACAUAUGGUUCACCGAGGAUAUGGAGGCUGGCGCAGAGGAUGAUAGUGUUGUCAUUGCAGAGCUGGACGAUGAAGGGGAUUUGCCUUUGGCAAGGAGAUGGGUGCGCAAUUACCAACUUGACGACAUGAUGGACGAAGAGGAUGACAUCGCUCAUAUUGAGAACUAUACGAACGAGUGGCAGUUCUGCACUGCACCGGGGAGGCAUAGAGAGCCCUUGUUGAGGAGGAGAUCAGGGCACGAGCGACCAGACCCUUUAGUGGAGUACAACGUCGAGGAGCGAGAGCGCGCAUUGCGGGCACGAGAGACAAGCGAUUGGGUGGAAGGUAGAUGCGCAGGGGGCAGCAGCGGAGCAAAACGACAGCAGCAGCAACAUGCUGCUGAAGUCCGUGCUGCGGAAAAGCGCCCGACCGAAGAACAGCUUUCGCCGCCAAAGAAGAAGAAGAGAGGACGCCCCACCAAUGCCGAAGUGGCCGAGAGGAAAAAAGCGAAGAAGGCUGCGAAGAAGGCUGCAGUGGCAGAGAAAGUUGCUAAGAAAGCCGCAAGGAGAGCAGCAGCGAGAGCUGCUAAGAAAGCUGCCAGGAGAGCGGCUGCUGCAUCUGCGGAUGCCCCGACAUCCUCCCGCCUAGUCACAAAGGAGGCAAUGAAACAGGGGGGGAAGCGGACGGCGGUGAUCCUCGAUGAUGACGAGUGUGAAGAAUCGUCCUCCUCUUCAUCAUCAUCGUCCUCGCCAUCUUCACCUUCUGCAUCAUCUGCAAGUGGGGAAGAUCAAUGUGAGGACCAUGUUGGGAGUGAAGAAGAAGGGGGCGAGGAUCAGGGGAGUGAGGAGGGUGGUGACAAAAUUAUCGAUGGAGGUGGACAGGAGUAGAUUGGGUGGGUGACACUCGUUGUGCUUUUUGGAUGGUGUCGCUUCUAGACUCCAAAUGAGCAUGAUGCUCAUUUGAUU